UGGGGGGAAUGUCAGUGAGUUAUCGCGAGAAGGGACGGAAGCCUGUUGGGGACCGGGCCUUUAAUGUGCGGUUCGACCCAUCUGCUCGGGAGACCCCCGCCCCCACCGCGGCCUGUGGCCCCCGCCGCCCGUAGAGCCGCGAGGUCCGGGCCGGAGCCAGCGCGGAGGAGAGCGUUACCCGCCCCCGAGGAAUCUGAGAGAAGCUGUUCCAGCCCCUCCAGUUCAUUGCCAUGAAAAGGAGAAUGUGAUUAAACUGCUCACCUUAUGAAAUUUGGCUUACAUGUGAAAUCUGCCAGGUAAUACAAAGACCUGUGGAAUAUGAGUGAUGACAAACCCUUUUUAUGCACUGCCCCUGGAUGUGGCCAGCGUUUUACCAACGAGGAUCAUUUGGCUGUCCAUAAACAUAAACAUGAGAUGACACUGAAAUUUGGUCCAGCUCGUAAUGACAGUGUCAUUGUGGCUGAUCAGACACCAACACCAACUAGAUUCUUGAAGAACUGUGAAGAAGUGGGUUUAUUCAAUGAACUAGCAAGUCCUUUUGAAAAUGAAUUCAAAAAGGCUUCAGAAGAUGACAUUAAAAAAAUGCCUCUAGAUCUAUCUCCUCUUGCAACACCAAUCAUAAGAAAUAAAACUGAAGAGCCUUCAGUUGUGGAGACAACUCAUCAGGAUAGUCCUUUACCUCAUCCAGAGUCCACUACCAGUGAUGAAAAGGAAGUGUCACUUCAGCAGACUGCACAGCCUACAUCAACAAUAGUUCGUCCAGCAUCACUGCAGGUUCCUAAUGUAUUGCUAACAAGUUCUGACUCAAGUGUUAUUAUUCAGCAGGCAAUACCUUCACCAACUUCUAGCACUGUCAUUACCCAGGCUCCAUCCUCCAAUAGGCCAAUAGUACCAGUACCAGGUCCUUUUCCUCUGCUGUUACAUCUUCCUAAUGGACAAACUAUGCCUGUUGCUAUUCCUGCCUCAAUCACAAAUUCUAAUGUUCAUGUCCCUGCUGCAGUUCCACUUGUUAGACCUGUCACCAUGGUGCCUAGUAUCCCAGGAAUCCCAGGGCCCUCCUCCCCACAGCCAGUGCAGUCAGAGGCAAAAUUGCGAUUGAAAGCUGCCUUGACCCAGCAGCAUCCUCAGGUCACAAAUGGAGAUACUGCCAAGGGGCAUGCUAGUGGAUUGAUUAGGACUCAGUCAGAGGAAGCCCGACCACAGUCAUUACAACAGCCUGCUACAUCAACUACAGAAACACCGGCUUCCCCAGCUCAGCCCACACCCCAAACCCAAAAUACAGGAGGUCGUCGAAGAAGAGCAGCAAACGAAGACCCUGAUGAGAAAAGAAGGAAGUUUCUAGAGCGAAACCGUGCUGCUGCUUCAAGAUGUCGACAAAAAAGAAAAGUGUGGGUGCAGUCAUUGGAGAAGAAAGCAGAAGACUUGAGCUCACUAAAUGGUCAAUUACAGAAUGAAGUCACCCUGCUGAGAAAUGAAGUGGCACAGCUGAAACAGCUUCUUCUGGCUCAUAAAGAUUGCCCUGUAACCGCCAUGCAGAAGAAAUCUGGCUAUCAGACUGCAGAUAAAGAUGACAGUUCUGAAGACAUUUCAGUGCCAAAUAGUCCACAUGCAGAAGCUAUUCAGCAUAGUUCUGUCAGCACUUCCAAUGGAGUAAGUUCCACCUCCAAGGCAGAAGCCGUAGCCACGUCCGUUCUCACCCAGAUGGCGGACCAGAGUCCAGAGCCAGUGCUUUCACAGAUCGUUAUGGCUCCACCUUCCCAGUCACAGCCUUCAGGAAGUUGAUUAAAAACUUGCAUUGCAACAGUUUCUUAGAUAUACAUUUGUGACUUUAAAGGGAAAUCAAGACCAGUCUCCAUCUAAAAAAAUAUGUAGCUUAAAAUUACUCAUUUUUAAAAUUUAAAUUUAAAUUUGGCUUUAGAGAUGGGCAGAUGAAGAGGAGACUGAACAGCAGUUUCUAGUCUCCUUGCAGAAGAUGGAUUUUUUUUAAAAAAAAAAAAAGAUGAUUUACUAGUUAUUUUCUGUGCUCAAUGUGUAAAGUGUGUGUAAAGUACAAUGUGGUUUAUUUCACUUUUAAUUUGGUAUUAUUUCAACCAACUUUGGGGUGAAAUAUUAAAGCUCAUCCCCAAGACUGUGAUAGUAAUAUUAUGUGACAUUUUAUACCAAAGUUCUGCAUAGUCCCUAUUGACUUUGUAAUGUUGGCAAGGUCAUAAAGCACUAGGCAAGAGAAAAAGACAGUAAUAGUACAUUUGCUUUUAGUCUUUUUGCCUUUUUAUUGUUUUGCACAUUAUGAGAGAGAGAACAUUGGGAGAAAAUGUUUGCUUUGUAUCAUGUGUAGCAUUUUGUUUGGCUUAUUAACUGUUUUGUUUGUUUGGUGUUUUUUUUUUAAAUUGUUUAACAGGGCCAGUAUGGUGUAGGGACAUACAGUACUUUUGUGCACAUACCUAAACUAGAUGAGGGUCAUUACUAACUAGAUUUUCUUUAAAAACUGAUGCCAAUUUUUUCAACACUUUCAUUUUAAAGCGGGAGCUUUAUUUCUGCUGUCAAAACAAUGAUCUACAAUUACCCUUUGUUGGUAGGCUAGUAGAAAACAGUAAAAAGAUAUUGUACAAUACAGGGUUAUCAAAUAUGGAAUAAUUUUCAUAGCUAGCUUGAUACGUUGUGGAUUUUUGAAUCACAGACUAAGGAGUUUACUCAUACACGAGUAUGGAUGCCAGAAAAGCCUAAAAAACCUUUGUUAAACACUUUUUCCCUUCUUCUUUAUCAUGGUCUUGUAUUUGCAAGCUAACUUGUACUUAAUUCUUGUGUAAGCACUGUCAUCUUUUAGUAGCAAAAUUUUGAUACCUUUCUUGUGGAAAAAUCAGUAUCUACCAUAUCUUGGAAACAAUGUAAUUAUAAUGUGGCGUGUAUGUGCGCGUAUGUGUGUGAGGAUGGUUCAGUAGUUUAUGCCAGCAGUCUUUGCUUGAAUGUUUAAAGAUGCCUUCAAUGUGAUGCUGGCUGAUAGAUUGCAGUUUAAAAAUGUUAUUUACAGUGUGAACUUGGAUAACUAACAUUCCAUGAUGUACGUUUGUUUCUGAUGAGAUGAUUGUAGGUACACUUUUUCUCAUUAUCCAGUCGUCUGUAGGAUAUUGAGUUUUUUAAAUGUGCCAUUACCUAUUUGGAUUCUGUACUCAUGUUCAAAAUACAGUACAAUAUUUUACAACAGAUUAUGUUGGGGGGAAAAAAGUAGAUGUGUGCUUUCAGGUCAGAAAACUUCGUAUAAUAGCAAAAGAGUAGCAAAUUUUGGCAGUAAGACAGGAUUCCAUUAUGUAUAUAACAAAGAUUUAAUGCAUUUAUAAUGGGUUGUGUAGUUCAUUUUCUCUUCCUUCUCCAUGCUACACUGUUUUAAAUCUCAGUGCUAUCAAAUUCCUUAUGAGAUUCAUUUUUAAAUCUAUGAAAUGUAAUUGGUAAUACAGAGGAAGAACAUAAUUUGUAUAAUAUACAAUCAUACUAUAAUCAAAACUGGACAAAGACAUAUCUGAAUUGUGUGUAUGUCAUUUCAGUGCUGUAAGUGUGAAAAUAGGAAUUCUAAAUAUUUUGUAUUUUAAAAACAAGGAAGUAAUUUUUGAGUUGAUAAAUCCAUAUGUUUAAAUACUUUUACAAGUUUCAUGGGGAAAAAAGUUAGUUACUAAAAAAUUCCGCAGUGGUAAAAUAUACCAUAAGUCUUGUGAGAAGGGAAUUUAUCUCAAAGGCACAAAAUGUGAAUUACACAGGAAAGCUAUACAGUUACUAUGUUUCAUUGUAAUUUUGGUGAACUAGAUAAAACCUCAUUGGUUACAAUAUCAUUCUCUUUCCUAAACACUAAGGCAUUUUUUAUCUUAUUUAUGCAAGUGAUUUUUUUUUAAUAAAACUGUUGUGCCUGUAAAAUAAGUCUACAUAGGUGUGAGGAGACAUGUAAGCAUUUAACGAAUGGGGUUGGGAAAAGAACCAUAAUAAACAUGUCUGUGUUCAGCAAAUAGAGAAAACAGUUAUUAGUUGUACAACCAUGAAUUCCGUUUUGAGACGUGUCACACUACUUCUGUACUUAUCAUUUCAAGUCUUUACAUUUUAAUGUUUCACAAACUGUACUGUUUUCUUUUAUGUGCAAUUUGCAUGAGUAAAUCAUCAGAGAAUAAUCUUUAAAUUAUGUUCCUAUUUUAAUGAAAUUACAACUGUUCUAAAAAGGUAGUGGUGUACUCAGACUUCUUUCUCUAGGGUUUUUUUCUCUAAUGGUUGUUAGCAUUUAUGUGGAACUCACCACUAGAGUGUCAGUGUAACGUUAGAUAAACAUAGAAGAACAUCCCUGUCUUCUAGAGAAGGAGUCAAAUUCCAUUCCUCUACCCUUGGAUUCAAACUACUUUGUUUAGAGGAAUUAUUCUUCCAUCAUUAGUUCCAGGAGCAGAAGAUGGACAUCAGAAAGGAGUCUUGCAACAUGACCCGUAGGUCACUGAUGUGGUUCAACCUGAUUUCUGUUGGCAGUGAGUUCCAUAGCAGAGUUUAAUGUUUUUUUUUGUCUCUCCGCUAAUAAUCUGUAAAGUUACAAAAGUAAUGUAAAUCUACAGCUAACUCAUAUAAUCCCUUAAUAAACACAGUAAGUAUGUAGAAAAUAGAGGUGGGCAAAUACUACAAAAAUUAUGAGCAUUCAAAUUUAAAAAUAAAAUGUUCCCCUUUUGUUUGCUUUUUCAGAACAUUUGGGUUGAUUAAGUUUUAUUCUCAUAAAUGUUUGUGGAAAGCUUAUUACAAGUUUACAUGCUCACACUGAAAGUGGUGCAUUCUGUAUGGGUCACCCCUUAAAGUAUAGAGCAGGGAUCUGCAAGGUUUGUCCCGCGGCCCGCCAGGGUAAGUCCCCUGGUGGGCCGGGCUGGACCGGUUUGUUUACCUGCUGCAUGCGCAGGUUCAGCCAAUCGCAGCUCCCACUGGCCGUGGUUCGCCUCUCCAGGCCAGUGGGGGCUGCGGGAAGCGGCAGCCAGCACAUCCCUUGGCCUGCGGGCUGCGUGCCAAAGGUUGAUGAUCCCUGGUAUAGAGAUAUGGUUCCCAAAAUCUCUCCACAGAGUGCUGAUACAGAGGCAGUAAAAAAAAAAAGCAGACAGGAACCUGACUGCAUCCUUUGAAGCUAGAUUUGCACACGCAAUUAUUUUGUGUAAAUGUGAUGAGAAAAUUCAAUUUAAAUUCUGCAUGUAGUCAUUCAUUCUUACGGAAGUUUAAUAUAGGAAAAUUGCUUCAAACAAGGGCUACAUGAUAAAGAAAGAGAAAUGUAACAUUUACUAUUCUUGCUUUUCUCCCAGAGACAUUCAGAUACCCUUUUGCUUCAUGAAAGUCCCUCCCUGAUUAUAGGAAUUAUAUUCACCACCUCAGGAAAGAGAAACAAUACCAUCAGUUUUAUGUGACAAAUCACUACUCACCAUCAUUGUUCAAAUAUUGAAUGCAGGGUCAGACCUAAGUAAAUAAUUGACUUUGUGUGUGUGUGGUUCUGGGGCCAAACUGUGUGCGGGAGUUUGGUUUGAACUGAAACUGGAUUUAUUUGUUUUUUCUUGCAGGAACAAAAAACUUGAAAACAUUUCAUUCAACCCAAAACAAAAUUUGUUCAAACCCAAAACUGUUUCGUAAUUAGCUAAAUUCCUUUACAAAAUGGAUUUAGAAAUGUCAAGUUUCAUUUCAAAAUGGUUCAAACACAGUUUUAACAUUCGGUGUCAAAAUGGCUGAAAGUUUAGACAUUUUAAAAUUUAUUUUCCAUUUCUUUUUCAGCUGUUGAUUUUCAGUAAGUCUUGGUACCCCAAGGAAGCUCUAGAAGACAGGAAGAAAGUUAAUGUGCCAAUAUUUAAAAAGGGUGAACAGGAUGACCCAGGUAAUUAUAGGCCUGUCAGCCUGACAUCAAUCUCGGGCAAGAUGAUGGAGCGGCUGAUACAAGACUUCACUGAUAAAGAAUUAAGGAAGGAUAAUAUAAUUAAUGCCAAUAAACAUGGGUUUAUGUCAAA